AUGGGUAUUCCAGCUGCGUUCAGAUGGCUAUCCACCAAAUACCCUAAGAUCAUAUCCCCGGUCAUCGAAGAUCAACCUCUGACGAUGGACGACGGCUCCGUCAUCCCUGUCGAUGCAACCCGUCCCAAUCCGAAUGGUGAAGAGUUCGACAAUCUCUACCUGGACAUGAACGGCAUCGUCCAUCCGUGCUCCCAUCCCGAGGACCGACCGCCUCCCAAAGAUGAGGAAGAGAUGAUGGUCGAGAUUUUCAAGUACACCGAUCGCGUUGUCAAUAUGGUCCGACCUCGCAAGCUGCUCAUGAUAGCCGUUGACGGUGUUGCCCCUCGAGCGAAAAUGAAUCAGCAACGUUCUAGACGUUUCCGUUCCGCCCAGGAUGCUAAAGAGAAGGAAGAGGACAAACAGGAGCUUUUGAAGCUUCUGAAGCAGCAGAAUGGCGGUGCCGUGACAGAGGAGACGGUCGAAACUGUGGCCAAGAAGGCCUUUGAUUCCAACAGUAUCACGCCCGGCACGCCCUUCAUGGAUAUUCUGGCAGCUAGUCUACGAUAUUGGUGCGCGUACAAGCUGAAUACUGAUCCGGCUUGGGCGAAAAUGAAGAUCAUCAUCUCUGACGCCUCGGUUCCCGGCGAGGGUGAGCAUAAGAUCAUGAAUUUCGUCCGUUCUCAGAGGUCAUCUCCCGAACAUGACCCGAACACGCGGCAUGUCAUCUACGGCCUCGAUGCCGAUCUUAUCAUGUUGGGGCUUGCUACCCAUGAGCCUCACUUCCGCGUGCUUCGAGAAGACGUUUUCUUCCAGGAGGGAAAAGCCAGGAUGUGCAAACUUUGUGGGCAGAAGGGUCAUGAUGCACAAGCGUGUAGAGGUGCCGCCAAGGAAAAAGACGGAGAGUCAGACGAAAAGGACAAGGCCCACCCUCUUAAACCCUUUAUCUGGCUUCACGUCUCUGUCCUUCGGGAAUAUCUCGCUAUUGAAUUGGAUGUCCCGGGCCUCCCUUUUAGAUUUGAUCUCGAGAGAGCCAUCGAUGAUUGGGUUUUCAUGUGCUUCUUUGUGGGAAAUGACUUCCUGCCUCACCUGCCCGCACUCGAGAUUCGAGAAAACGGGAUUGAUACGCUCAUGGCUAUUUGGAAGGACAACCUCCCACAUAUGGGGGGCUAUGUCACGAAGGACGGGCAUGUGGACUUGGAACGUGCCCAGUACAUCUUGGCUGGACUCGCAAAACAAGAAGACGCCAUCUUCCGCCGCAGGAAAGAAACCGAGGAUCGCCGCGAAGCCAACGCAAAGCGGCGCAGACUUCAAGAUCAAGCAAACGGAAGAAAUGGUCACAACGGCUCACCUUCGAACAAGAGACCACGAAAUCGUAAUGCUCCCGAGUAUCCGCCGUCUAACGUCCCUCUCAUACCUCUGUCGAGCCUAGCAAAACCCGCUCCGAUGGCUAUAACCCACGAUAUGGUGGUAAACCGUGGAGCUCUACGGGAUGCAAAUGUUGCCAAUAAGAGUGCAGCCAGUGUCUUGAAAAGUCAGAUUCAAGGUCUCAUGUCUCAAGCUCAGCCAGCAAACUCGGUGGCUGAGCCAGCUGAUGGUGCAGCUAAAGGAAACUCAGACGCUGCGGUACCAGACGAACAGUCACCGGCAUCCGCGCUGGGGAAACGAAAGGCAUCACUAAUGGAAGAUGAUGUCAGCACCCCUGGAACAAGCACAGCAGAGACUGGAACCCCGUCUGUUGGGCAGGAAGAAGAAGGUCCAGUCGACAGUGUACGACUCUGGGAAGAGGGAUAUGCCGACCGGUAUUACGAGCAGAAAUUCCAUGUUGAUCCCAAAGACAUAGAAUUCCGGCACAAGGUGGCCAGGGCAUAUGUAGAGGGUCUUGCCUGGGUUCUGAUGUACUAUUUUCAAGGAUGUCCGUCCUGGGAAUGGUACUACCCCUAUCACUAUGCGCCAUUUGCGGCCGACUUUGUGGACCUCAAGGACAUGCGCCUGAGUUUCGAGAAAGGUCGGAUUUCUAAGCCUUUCGAACAGCUCAUGAGUGUGCUCCCUGCCGCGUCUCGUCAUUCGAUUCCCGAAAUUUUUCAUGAUCUCAUGACGGAGCCGGACAGCGAGAUCAUUGAUUUCUACCCCGAGGAUUUCGAAGUGGACUUGAACGGGAAAAAAAUGGCCUGGCAAGGCGUUGCCUUACUGCCCUUUAUUGACAUGCCUCGUUUGCUGAACGCGGUAGAAAAACGUUACCCGCUUCUAAGCGUCGAAGAUCAAGCUCGGAAUGAGAUGGGGGCGGAUGUACUCCUCAUAUCGGAUGCCCACCCCCAUCUAUAUGAUGAUAUCACAGCUCACUUCUACUCGAAGAAGCAGGGUGCGCCGAAGUACAAGCUCGAUCCUCGGGUCAGUGACGGAUUGGCAGGCAAGAUAGAGAAGAUCAAGGAAUAUCUCCCACAUGGUGCCCUGGUCUAUCCACUUUCGAGGAAUGCCAUGCCGGAUAUUGAUUAUGAUCGAUCCCUUCGCAAGGUUACCAAAGCCACCAGAGCCAAGGGUAUGAUGAUCGUCGUCAUCGAUCGUACGGGAAUGAUCGUGGUCGCGGUCGUGACUCGCGAGGCUACUGAAUGCUGGUGGGAAUAA